AUGCCCUUAAAGGCAUCUAGACAUCAUAGUUUCAUUGCGCAUGUUAGUUGCUGUUCCUAUUCUCACUCCAUCCAUGUCUUGUGCAGGAAGGAACAUGUACAGAAGUUCAUUGAUUGCCAUGUCAAGGAUGUGGCAAAGUUUGAAGCUGAGCGGGAUGAGUUGAUCAAAGUCCACAACGAGAAGAAGAUGAGGCUCAAGAAAGAGUACACGGAGAAGGAGCUGGAGCUGGAGAAGGAGCUCGACGCAGCCCUAACGGGCCUGAUGGAGAAGCAUAAGCCAGAUACCUUUGAGGCCUCCAGCUCGUAA